UCCUGUCCUCGGCGGCCUUUAUCGAGGCUGUCCUGUGGGGUGCGAGUGAACGAGGGGAGCUGUGCCACGGUCUAGUUUGGGGACAGCUGAUUUAAAUGUGACACUUUUAUGUGCGUUGUUAAAUGCCAACCACAGUCUUCACUGCAGCAUCUUUUACACUGGUGUGAUUGUAGAGUUCCGAAGUUAAAGUUUCAUUUUUAAAACUUUUCCUAAUUACCACCAAAAGACCUUGUUGGACUCCCUGAAUAUCACCUCGAAUUGUUAUAUUUCCUGGGAAAUCACCCCACAGAGAUAUGGAUCAAAAACUUUCAAAGUUGGUAGAAGAGCUCACAACUUCGGGAGAAUCCCAACUGAACCCUGAGAAAAUGAAGGAACUGAAGAAAAUUUGCAAAUCUUCAGAGGAGCUGCUAGGCCAUGCCUACCACCUGCUGAUGGCACAGCUGAGCCAGGAGCACGCCCAGGUCCGCCUCUCAGCCUUCCAGAUCGUGGAUGAACUCUUCACCAGGUCUCACCAGUUCAGGAUGCUGGUUGUCUCUAACUUCCAGGAGUUUCUGGAGCUCACACUGGGCACAGACCACGAGCAGCCCCUGCCACCACCCAGGGAGGUGGCUCAGAGGCUGAGGCAGGCAGCCGUCCGGGCAGUGGAAGCAUGGAAUGAGAGGUUCGGGGAGGCGUAUAAGAAGCUUGCUUUGGGCUACCACUUCUUAAAACACAACAAAAAGGUGGAUUUUCAAGAUGUGAAUGUUAGGACUUUAGCAGAAAAAAAGAGAGAAGAGGAGAAGCAGAAACACUUGGAUAAAAUCUACAGGGAAAGAGCCCAGCAGGCAGAGAGGGAGAUGGAAGAAAUGUCUGAAGAAAUCGUGUCCUGCCUGACAGAAGUGGAGAGCUGCUUCAGGCUGCUGGUGCCAUUUGACUUUGGCCCUAGCCCAGCGACGGCAGAAUUCCUUGACGUGCCUUCUGGCAUGUCCAAUGAGGGUUCCUCUCGCUCCUUGUGCCCGGGCCAAGCCACCCCUUGCCGGUCUGGCCCCCCUACACCUUUGGAUGGCGAGCAGCCCUGCUGCAGCAAGGACCUGCCUGCCUCUGUGUGCCACCCCAGGGCUGGCAGCCGGGCACUGCUGCUGCAGGCAGUCACAGGGGACCCCUCAGAAGACGAGGAUGAGGACAGUGACCAGGAAAAGUUUGUGCGGAGCCAUGGGCUCGGCUCACACAAGUACACACUGGAUGUGGAGCUCUCCUCAGACGGCCUGAAGGUGCAGGAGAACGAGGAUAACCUCGCCGUCGUCCAAGCCGCCCGCGAUGCGCUUAAGCUUGUCCAGAACAAGUUCCUGCCGUCCGUGUGCUCCUGGGUCCAGCGGUUUACCCGCGCAGGGACCCACGGUGGACACUUAAAGCGUGCCAUUGACCUGAAGAUGGAAUUAGAGCUCGUGCUGAGAAAAUACAAGGAGCUGGACAUCGCGCCUGAGGGAGAGCAGAGGCUCAGGACAGACGCCCCGGAGGACCGGGAGGAGGAUGAGGACGACGACUUUGUGGAGGUCCCAGAGAAGGAGGGAUUCGAGGCCUGUGUCCCUGAGCACCUGCUGGGGCUAGAAUCAGAGGCCCUGCUGCAGACCCCAGAGAAGAACCUGGCUGCACAGAGCUUACAGGCAAGGACAAGGACGAGAAGAAAUGAGGAGGCAUCAGACCCCGCCUCUGCGGCUGCCCAGCUACAGCGGCUCAGGGACCACUUGCCCCUGCCAUCACCCACGUCUGCCAGCCCCUCCAGGGCACUGCUGGGGCUGGAAGAGGCCCAGAAACUGGCAGCAGAGCGGGCCCGGGCACCCGUCGUGCCCUACGGAUUAGACCUAUGCUACUGGGGCCAGGAGCAGCCGGCGGCCGGAAAGAUUCUCAGAUCCGACUCUCAGCACCGCUUUUGGAAGCCCAGUGAGGUAGAGGAGGAAGUGGAGAAUGCUGCCAUCUCCGAGAUGCUCCGGAGCCGCCAUAUCACCUUCGCCGGGAAGUUUGAGCCUGUGCAGCACCGAUGCCGCGCCCCGAGGCCUGACGGCCGGCUCUGUGAGCGCCAAGAUCGGCUGAAGUGCCCUUUCCAUGGAAAGAUUAUCCCAAGAGAUGAAGAGGGAAGGCCCCUUGACCCGGAAGACAGGGCUUUGGAGCAGAGGCGGCAGCAGCAGAUGCAGAAGCGCCCGGACUGGCAGGACCCUGAGUUCAUGAAAGAUGUGGAAGCAGCCACCGGGGUGGAUCUGGGCUCAUCCAGGUACUGCAGGAAAGGCAAGGGGAAGAAGAAGAAGUACCCUAACCUCACCGACCUGAAGGCGCAGGCCAACACUGCCCGGGCACGCAUUGGGAAAAAAGUCUUCGCCAAGGCAGCUGUGCGGAGGGUGGUCACAGCCAUGAACCAGAUGGACCAGAAGAAGCAUGAGAAGUUCGCAAACCAGUUUAACUAUGCACUGAAUUAGAGUCUGGGCCAGGUGUGCUACAGUCCCCUCUGGUCGUCAGCUCUUCUUUCUCUGCUUGUGCACUUGGACAGGAGAGUGGGUGUGGGUCUGGGCAGUGACUGUGUAUUUAAUGUGAGGAAAUGGUGUGUUAGAAUGCCCAGGAGGUAUGGCCUCUCCGCUGCUAUGGGGGGCCCCUGUUGUCUGGUUAUAAGUCUGGCUUUGCAGAAGACGCCCUUGAGCCCAGGGGUGUAAACAUGGGCACGUGUCCCCAAGGGCAUUUCACAAAUUCUUGUAAGACCUGUGCAUUUUGUGAUACAUGGUUCAGAACUGAUGGAAAGUACUCACUGCUCAGAGUUCAGAGUGUGUGUCCCCAGCCUCCUCCCCAGGAGAUGAGCAUGCAGAGGAGCUCUGGGAAAACCCACACUUGGAUGCAAAUGCUGUUCUUAACACAGACACGAAGGGCAGUGAACCAUUCACCCCAUUGGCACCUUGCAUUUCCAACUUCACAGAUUGUCUUGGUGAUAGUUCCGCAUCAGAACGCAGAGAACUGUCUCACUCUGUUUGGUUUUUAAUAACAGCUGUAUUGAGUACAACUCACAUACCAUAAAAUUCACCCUUCUGAAGUGUCAGUUCAAUAGCAAGGAGUAUAUUCAUGGUUGUACAGCCACAUCCACUGCCUAGCUCCAGGACUCUUACCACCCUAGCAGGAGAACCUCACUCCCCUUCUCUUAGCCCCCGGGAACAGCUGAUGUACUGCUGUUCCUGGAUUUGCCUUUUCUGGACAUUUCAUAUGAAUGGAAUCAUGCAAUACGUGGCCUUUUGUCUCUGGUUUCUUCCACUUGGCAUAAUGUUGUCAAGGUUUUUUCAUGUUGUAACACAUGUCAAUACUUCAUUCUAUUUCAUUGCCCAGUAAUAUUCCAGUGUGUAGAGAGUACCACAUUGUGUUUAUCCAUUCAUCACUGACAUUUGUGUUGGUCCUGCUCUUUGGCUAUUAUGAAUAGUGCUGUUCUGAACAUUUGCAUACAAAUUUGUAUGUAGAUGUAUGUUUUCAUUUCUUCUGGGUAUAUACCUAGGAGUGGAAUUGCUGGCUUAUAUGGUAACUCUAUGUGUAACUUUUUGAUGAACUGCCAAAGUGUUUCCCAAAGAGGCUAGAUGGUUUUGCAUUUCUACCAAUAAUUUAUGAGAGUUCUAAUUUCUCCAUAUUCCUGACAACACUUGUUAUUAUCUAUCUUUUUAUGUUAACCAUCUUAGUAGGUGUG